AUGACUCUCACAACUCCACGAGAGGUUCACCAUCAAGUGUCGUCUCCCACUAGACAACGAGUCACACUUUCUUGUGACAACACAAUCACUCUGCAUUCGGCAACGAACCCUCGACGCCCAUACAUUAAGCGUUGCAUAAGACACGUCAACUGCAUCGACCACGUCGCAUGCUUAACUCGUGGCUCGCUCAUGUCCAAGUCAAGACAUAGCGAUCCAAUAUGCCAUUGGUUUACCUACACUUAUGCCGGUCAUUCUUUUAGCGUCCACGAUAGCCUACAUCCUCAAGCUAUACACGCAAGCUGUCAUACUUACAUGUCGCCCAAGCCUUGGCGACAUAUGGCUGAACCCAAGCCAAGUUCAUCGAGUAUUGUCAAAUGCCUCGCUAGCCGAUGGCAUAGUGAAUGUCAUACGUUGACCUCACUCUUAAAGAUCCUACUCGUCAUCGAAGACUUAUUGAAAGAUUAA